AUGCGCGGAGCGCGCACGCGGCGGUUGGGCCGUUGGCUGCGCCGCCCCGGGAUCCACCGCGACUCCGCCAUCAGCAGCCGCCGUGAGCACGCGGAUUCCAGCCGGUGCCAACGAGCCCGGGGGCACAGCCCGCGGCGGCCAAGCUCAAGGCCGGCUGAGCGGGACACCGCCUCUGCCUCAGCCACCGCCGCCGAAGACUACUGGGACUGGCGCCUGCGACGAACAGGAGGAGGAGGAGGAGGAGGUCGAGCGGCCUCACCCCGGGCCGCCGCCCCAGGCGCCGCCUCGCGGGCCCCGCAGCUCUGAGGUUGCUCGCGCUCCCUGCCAGUCGCCAUGGAUCGGAUGAAGAAGAUCAAACGGCAGCUGUCAGUGACACUCCGAGGUAGCCGAAGCACAGAAAAGACCAAUGGUGCCACUGAGCAGAUGGGCCUGGAUGAGAGUGGUGGUGGUGGUGGCAGUGACCCCGGAGAGGCCCCCGCACGUGCUGCUCGUGGGGAACUUCGCUCUGCACCAGAGAUUGUGCAUGAGGACUUGAAGAUGGGGUCUGAUGGGGAGAGUGAGCAGGCUUCGGCCACAUCCUCGGAUGCGGUGCGGGCUCCGGUGAGAGUGCGCAUGCGCAGCCAUCCCCCACGCAGGAUCUCCACUGAGGACAUCCACCAGCGCCUAUCGCUACCGGCUGACAUCCGGCUACCUGAGGGCUACCUUGAGAAGCUGACCCUCAAUAGCCCCAUCUUUGACAAGCCACUCAGCCGCCGCCUCCGUAGUGUCAUCUUGUCUGAGAUGGGCUUUGGGAAACUGGAGACUUACAUUAAGCUGGACAAGCUGGGCGAGGGUACCUAUGCCACCGUCUACAAAGGCAAAAGCAAGCUCACAGACCACCUUGUGGCGCUCAAGGAGAUCAGACUGGCACAUGAAGAGGGGACACCGUGCACCGCCAUCCGGGAAGUAUCUCUGCUCAAGGACCUCAAACACGCCAACAUUGUUACACUACAUGACAUUAUCCACACGGAGAAGUUGCUCACCCUUGUCUUUGAGUACCUGGACAAGGACCUGAAGCAGUACCUGGAUGAUUGUGGGAACAUCAUCAACAUGCACAACGUGAAACUGUUCCUGUUCCAGCUGCUCCGUGGCCUGGCCUACUGCCACCGGCAGGAGGUGCUACACCGAGAUCUCAAGCCCCAGAACCUCCUCAUCAACGAGAGAGGAGAGCUCAAGCUGGCUGACUUUGGUCUGGCCCGGGCCAAGUCAAUCCCAACAAAGACGUACUCCAGUGAGGUGGUGACACUGUGGUACCGUCCCCCUGACAUCCUGCUUGGGUCCACGGACUACUCCACUCAGAUUGACAUGUGGGGUGUGGGCUGCAUCUUUUAUGAGAUGGCCACAGGCCGGCCCCUCUUCCCGGGCUCCACGGUGGAGGAACAACUGCAUUUCAUCUUCCGCAUCUUAGGAACCCCAACUGAGGAGACGUGGCCAGGCAUCCUGUCCAAUGAGGAGUUCAAGACCUACAACUACCCCAAGUACCGAGCCCAGGCCCUUUUGAGCCACGCACCCCGACUUGAUAAUGACGGGGCUGACCUCCUUACCAAGCUGCUGCAGUUUGAGGGUCGAAAUCGGAUCUCCGCAGGGGAUGCCAUGAAACAUCCAUUCUUCCUCAGUCUCGGGGAGCCGAUCCACAAACUUCCUGACACUACUUCCAUAUUUGCACUAAAGGAGAUUCAGCUACAAAAGGAGGCCAGCCUUCGGUCUUCAUCAAUGCCUGACUCAGGCAUGCCGGUUUUCCACGUGGUGGACACCGAGUUCUAAGCCACAGACCGAGGCCCCAGCAGGCAGCGGCUGGAGGGAUGCCACAACCUUCACAGGGCAGCCCCCAACUACAUCUUCCCUGCUUACUCUCUGCCUACCUGCCUGAGCCAUGUUCGCCUGCCCACUUGUCCCCUGCUGUCUGCCCAAACACCCGACCAUUGGCCUGUCAACCCACCCACUGGCCCGUCUGCUGGGUGCUAACAAAGCGCUCAUCACUCCUUC